AUGGCUGGAGUCAAGAAAGGUGCUCAAGUGGUGACUAACCAGGAACCUGGUUGGGCAAGUCAAAACGACAUUGAAGAUCCUGCUAGUAAGAAAAAAAGCAUAAAGUCGAAGAAGAAUUUGACAGACAAAGAUAAAAACAAGUUAACUGCAACUCUGGAAUCGGUACAAGCUGAUUUGGCAUCGUUAAAGGAGGCACUCUACCGGUCACAACAAAGUCAGAGGAGAGCUGAUAAUGGACCGGAGCACAGUCGACAAAAGCAAAGGAAAGGUCAAUGUGAUUCAUGUAAACAGUCUGGUGAACAG